AUGGCGUCGAAGCCCAUCGUUGUCUUUUCAAUUGGCGCGUGGCUCAAACCAGAUACCUUUGAUGUUAUUCGUGCAAAGCUCACAGAGAGAGGCAUCCCGUCCGAAGCACCCGCACAUCCGUCAAUUGGCGCCGAACCUCCGAACAAGACCCUCGCAGACGACGUCGCUUCCCUACGGUCCGUCCUGACACGUUUGAUUGAGAAGGAAGGCAAGGAUGUCGUCCUUGUAGGGCAUUCAUACGGCGGUGUAGUUGCCUCCAGUGCGGCCGAGGGCUUCGCAAAAGCCGAUCGCAAGGCAGCUGGACAAGAGGGCGGUGUCGCUCUGGUUGUUUAUAUGGCUGCUUUUGCUCUGGAUAAGGGACAGAGUCUCUUGGAUAUGCUCGGUGGACAAUAUCUGCCGUGGAUGGAGGUCGAGGGUGAUUACGUCCGAUGCAACGCCGGCGCUGAGGCUGCUUUCCAUGACCUCGCCCCCGAGGAGCAAUUAGAGCAGCAGUCCGGUCUUGUCCAUACAUCGCGCGCCGUCUUUUCCGGGGCCUCCACAUUCGAACCCUGGCACCAGAUUCCGUCCGCCUAUAUCCUUUGCGAGGAAGAUCGCGCUCUCCCAAUCCAGUUCCAGGAGAUGCUGUCUGCUAAACUGGGCACUGAACUCUUAUAUCGAGUUAAGAGUUCCCACUCGCCCUUUUUGAGCAUGCCGGACAGGCUAGCCGAGGUAUUGGAAGAGUUGGUCAGCAAGGCUCAGUAG